CAAACUAAACUAAAACUUCCUCUCCAACCAACCAAGAGCUAGAGACCAAACCAACUACUGUAUGUAUGUACCGUUUUGAUCUGAGUUCCCUACCAGAAACGAAAGGGAAAGAAAGGUCUAUAGAAGAAGAGUUGGACCAGAUUUGUGAAAAUCCUACCAGUAUUUCUCCCCUAGGGCGACGGUGCAAUGAGAACAGAGGAGUUAAAGACGGCUAAAUCUUCUUGGCCAAAAAUCGUGGCGCGAAAGUGGUUAAAUUUGCAACGAAGAGGCGACGAGUUUCAGUCUGACUACGCAAUAAGCAGAGGUCAAUGUUCAACUCCAGAUAAAACCGAGAGAAGAAAGAGUUGCUCCGAUCACGUUUCCAUACCGGAAGAAGAUGUUUCUGUUUCAGAGCGGUGUUUUAUUGGAGAUACCGAUGAAGUUAAUCGACGGUACUGCACCGCCGAACCGGAGGCAACACCUGUCGCGGACAAGCCAAAUCUCAGGAUGUUCGUGGGGACAUGGAAUGUGGGAGGGCAGGCUCCUCACGAGGGCUUGAACUUAGAAGAUUGGCUAAACUCACCUGGUCCUGCUGACAUCUAUGUUCUUGGGUUCCAGGAGAUCGUGCCUCUCAAUGUAGGGAAUGUGCUAGGAGCAGAAGAUAACGGUCCCGCUGCCAAAUGGCAGUCCCUCAUUGGUCGUGCUUUGAACAGCAACAACAUCCACCAAGAAGAUGAGAUUGGCAGUGACGAUUUUGAGACAUUGCUAAGCUUAAACUUGAACUCAAGUCAAUUGGAAGGCUCACCGAGCCCUGAACCACGACGUUAUUGCUUGGCUGCAAGCAAGCAGAUGGUUGGGCUCUUCUUGUGCGUCUGGGUUCGAGCACAUCUUUAUAAGCACAUUAGUAACUUGAAGGUCUCCUGCGUCGGCCGUGGCAUUAUGGGGUAUCUUGGAAACAAGGGUUCGAUUUCGAUUAGCAUGACAUUAUAUCAGACAACGUUAUGCUUCGUUUGUACGCACUUGACUUCCGGGGAGAAGGAGGGCGAUGAGAUCAGGAGAAAUUCUGAUGUCACUGAAAUCCUAAAGAGAACAAGGUUCUCCCAUACUUGUAGAGCUCCUCAAAAUAUACUUGACCAUGACAAGGUCAUCUGGCUUGGCGACUUGAAUUAUCGGCUCACUACUGGUUCUCGCAACAACACACAUGAGCUGUUACUGAAGAACGAUUGGCAAGCACUUUUGGAGAAAGAUCAGCUGCAGAUAGAGCAAAAGGCCGGUCGAAUAUUUGAAGGGUGGGAAGAAGGGAAGAUAUAUUUUGCUCCAACUUACAAAUACCUAACCAAUUCAGAUCAUUACGUCGUUCAAACCUCCAAAUCUAAGGAGAAACGGCGUACCCCUGCCUGGUGUGAUCGUAUACUAUGGAAAGGAGAAGGACUGAAGCAGAUGUCAUAUGUUAGAGGGGAGUCCAGGUUCUCGGACCACAGACCUGUUUAUUCAAUGUUCUCAGUCCAAGUUGAUUUGGUUCGCAAGAACAACAAAAUCGUUACGAGGUAUUGCCCUCCAAGAUGUUCCACAAGUGCUGUAUAUUCUUCAGCGGCAGCUUGCGUUGCCAAAGUUCAAGUUGAGGAACUUUUGACAAUCCCGUGAUAAAAACUGUGACACAAACGGUUCAAACAGGUGGUUUGAAUAAUGAGAAAACAGUAACAAAAUGUAGUUAUUAGCGACUGGCACGUCCUGCAUCACCCGGCAUUUUUACGGGUUUGGCACCGGAAGCUAGGUGGAAUCGAUUAUUGGACACGCAUAGGACCCUCUCUAGAGACCUUCCCCCUGUUUGCAUUAAUGGUGAAAUACAUAUAGCUGAAGCUGUACUUCAAUCGCAUAGCUUUCUGCAAGCCUUGCGGUCGCAGAAUCAUUGGCCAAUGGAUCGCCCUAUUUUAAAAAUCAUGUGGGUUUGACGUGUAUGCAUUGUGGCAUUCCGGAUGAUUGGUCUGUUGGACCUAUGGUCCUAUAUGUCUAAUUUUGAUGAUAUUAAAUCUUUUA